AUGGUGAAACGAGGCCGGCCCUCCCUCAACCUGACGCCCGAGGAGCGCGUCCAGCGCCGCCGCCUGCAGCUCGUUGCCUCCCAACGCAAGCGCAGGGCCCAUAAACGGCUCGCCCAGCAGCCCAAUUCCAAGUCCAAGUCCAAGCCCGCGACGGAAUCUCCCGACUUGCUCCCGGUGAGGCCGGAUCAGGAGGCGCUUUGUCAGUUUUACGAUGCCAUGUUCUCGGACGGUGACGCAACCAAUGCCAGCGCCGCUCGCAAGAUGCCAUCAUCAUCAUCAUCGGAUCCUCAGCCUCACCCUUUCGCUCAGCCUCACCCUCAUCCUCACCCUCAUACGCCGCCCGCAGUCUGCCACAACUGCGGAUCGGCACCGCUGGACACGAUCGCCCUGACCGCAGUCGUGUCCGCUCAUUCACCGGCAAGUCUUAUGAGGACUUCCCACCUAAGAACAGAUACUUAUGCUUCAUCCUCCAGGCUCGCCGGCCCGACGCCGUCCUCAUCAGCAUGGGAUGAACACGAAUACCCGUCCGCGACCGCGCCUGACAAACCAGGCAUCGACCAACACUUCUUCACCGACGAGCAUCUUGCGCAAGCGUACGGCGGCAUCCCUCUGCUAGACUCUAUACUCGGCUCGUUGGAGCCACUUGGCAUGGGCUUAGAUGGCAGCUCCUUACUGGGUGGACUGACUCCAACAUCCAACUCGGAAGCAAUCAGCGCGCCAGCCCCUGCCAAGGAGACAGAAAACGUCUUCCUACUCGGCCGAUUCAGCACGGCGCACAACGAAUGGAUGCCAACGGGUGUACACGAACCAUCAUAUGGCGUUGAAAAGGUCCUCGCAUCCCGUCGGCCGCCGUCUCCAUCUCCCGAACAGGAUGACCCAAACCCAACGUUAUCUGGCGAUGGUGCCGAUCUUCUACCGCCAUGGGCGGGAGCUAAGCAAGUAAGUCUUGCUCGCCUGACCUAUGAAGCCUCAAACUUAAUUUACGGCGGCCCGAUGUCAUUUAUACUUUGUUCGGAACGUGGUGGCUAA